AUGGACCGAUCGCCCCUGGUAGCAGCCAUAUCAGGUGAUGAGGUGUCAAUGAAGAACAUGGCUUCGCAGAAUCCAAGCAUGCUCCUUGCAACAACUCCUCAGGGGAACACCUGCCUCCACAUCUCCUCCAUCCAUGGCCACAUGCGGUUCUGCAAGGACCUCUUGGCGUUGAAGCUGGACCAGAACUCUCUCCUCGCCACCGUCAACGCGGACGGCAAGACACCACUUCUCACCGCCGUGACGAGCGGGCAUCCCUCCCUGGCUUCACUUCUCCUCAGACACUGCCACGAGCUGAAGCUGAGUGAGGCCAUCUUGAAGCGAGACAAGAACGGGUGCAACGCGCUGCACCAUGCGAUUCGCAGCGGGCAUGGGGAGCUCGCCCUGGAGCUGAUAGCAGCAGAGCCUCCCCUGUCACGCGCUGUGAACCAGUACAACGAGUCACCCAUGUUCAUCGCCGUGAUGAGGCCUUACGGAUGUCUUCGAGAAGCUUCUGAAGACCCCUGGUUCUGCUGA